AUGGCUGACAUCACCCCCUUCAUCACCGUCCUGGAGUCCGCCCAGAAGAAAGAAAAGUUCACUCCCGAGGUCCAAGAAGCUGCCGCCGGUAUCGACAUUGCCGCCCUCAAGGAUAUCUUCGCGAAGGUCGCCGAGCAGGGCGAGUUCGAGAAGCUCGAUGAUGCCACCGAGGCUGAGACCCUCCGCAAGGCCUUCGAGUUCGCCGCCAAGGCUGUUAUGAUGCUGAAGACUUCCCCGAAGAAGGAUCUUUACAUCUACUUCAAGGUUGGCAAGGGUGAUGUUAUGGAGAAGCCUGGCAUGUUCGAUAUCCAGAAGAAGCAGCUCUACGGUGCCUGGGAGAAGGUCAAGGACUACAGCCCCGCCAAGGCUCACCAGCUCUACAUCGACUGCGUCAACACCUUCAUUACCAAGUACGGCACUCGUGACGAAUAG